AUGCUAAAUAUAUACAAACGGUUACUCAUUCGAUGGAAUUCCACUCUAAGCAGACCUAUCUCGAGCCCUCCUUUGAAUGUCCUUUUCUUUGGUACAGAUGAAUUUAGUAACUUUACUUUAAAGACACUAUUCUCGUUAAAAAAUAAGGAGCCCAAAUUGAUAAAUUCUAUUCAAGUAGUAACAAAGCCAUCCAUAUGGUGUGGUAGACGGCAUUCGAAACUUUUUAUUCCGCCAGUGACUGGAUUAUAUAAUUCAUUAAAUGAUUCUACCUUACCGCCCAUAAUACCCUAUGAUUCCAAUGAUGUGCAACCAAUUAAAGAUUUAAUUAAUAAAGAGAGCAUAAAUAUGAUAAUAGCAACAUCAUUUGGGUAUCUGAUUCCAGCGGAAUUGAUUAAAAUGGUUCCAUAUUCUAUGAAUGUACAUCCAUCCUUGUUACCGCAAUAUAAGGGCUCAUCGCCGUUACAGUAUACAUUAUUAAAUAGAAACUUAGUUACAGGAAUUACUAUCCAGGAAUUGGAUCCAUUCAAGUUCGAUGCAGGAAAGAUUAUUGAACAAACUCCUGAAAUCUCUAUUGAAUCGCUUAAUUUGAAUCGACCAAUAUCUUCCAAACCUGUUGAAGGUGGAUGGAAAACUCUUCUAUUGAGAGAUAAAUUAGGUGAGAUUAGCCAAAAUUUAUUAAAGAAUGUUCUCAUAAAGAAGCUAUAUCUGCCAGAAAAUAUUGCACGAAACUCUACAGUUAAUAAGAAAUAUGAAAGGAGUAUGGCUCCUAGAUUGAAGAAAGAAAUGAACAGAGUCAUAUGGGGUGACGAUUCCAUCGACGAUAUCGUGAAUAAAUUUGAUGUUCUCGGACCACUGUUUACCUUUUAUCAAGGGAAAAGGGUACUACUACAUGAUAUAACUAUUAAAAAGCUAGAGGUAAAUCUCUCUACUACGGCACAAGGCCAAUUCUGGCUGGAUACAAAAGAUCAAUCUGUUUUUGUAAAUGUUAAUGAUCAAGACCAAAAAUUGUUGAAGAUAGGUCUGUUGCAAUUAGAAGGAUACCCAGUUGAACCAGCACAAGUAUUUAUGAAGAAGUUAAAUAAACGUACCAACAAUAGUAGGCUCCCUAUUAAUCCAUCUAAUUUGGUAUUCACCACAACAUGA